CAGCCGAAGCAGAUCACCGACAUCCGCGACUUCCUGCAGAAGGCGCGCCGAAAAGACGCUCGCUCGGUGAAGAUCAAGAAGAGCGACAAGGUCGUCAAGUUCAAGAUCCGCUGCUCCAAGUACCUGUACACGCUCUGCGUGACGGACACCGAGAAGGCUGACAAGCUCACGCAGUCCCUGCCCCCUGGU